CCUCAUGUAAAUCUUCAAAAAUAAGUGAAGCUGCAGCAGAAUUAGCAGCAAAUGAAGCCACUUUGGAAGUCCAAGAGCAAGUGGAGCGUGAGGAACGUGAACUCAGAAACCUAGAAGCUGAGUACAGACAAAGGCUUGCACAACAAGAAGAAGAAUGUGCUGCAAAUAAACAGGUCUUGGAAGAAAAGCGCAGAAAGAUAGAACGCUUAGAGACCAUAAAAAAGAUGAAUGCCGCCAAGGCCAAACUAGAAGUGUAUAAACAAGAACAAGGCUCAACCUCAGACUUGCUGGAUCUAUUCAAGGAUUAUAAGCCCAAACGAGAAAGGCUUACAUUCGACUCAAAACCUGCUGUCACGCCACAACUAAUCACAAGGAUGCAAUCUUCUAUAACUACUCCCAAAGAGGAUAGCACAACUGAUUUCGCCAAGGUACUAGCAGAGUCCUUCAGUGUAAGCCGUCUCCCAGCACCAGAGCCUGCUGUUUUCAGUGGAGAUCCACUAAAGUACAAGGGCUGGAAAAUGUCCUUUAAAACGCUGAUAGGCAGAAAGAAUAUACCAGCGAACGAAAAAAUCUACUACCUACAAAAAUAUGUUGGCGGACCAGCAAGGAAAGCCAUUGAGGGAUACUUCCUUCUGGGAACAGAUGCAGCCUAUCAGACAGCGCUCGAUGUCCUGGAAAAAAGAUAUGGAAGCUCCUUUAUGGUUGCUAAGGCUUUCAGAGAUAAGCUGGCCUCAUGGCCAAAGAUAGGACCCAAGGAAAGCAUUCAGCUACGAGAGUUCUCAGACUUCCUUCAAGGCUGUCAAGCAGCCAUGUCGCAAAUAAAGAGCCUGGAGGUCCUUAACGACUGUGGUGAAAACCAACGAAUGCUCUCCAAGCUCCCCGACUGGCUUACAGCAAAAUGGAACCGAAGGGUGACCAGGAUGGAAAAGGAAAAUGAGACUUUCCCCAGCUUCGAUCAGUUCGUGGAAUUCGUCACAGAGGAAGCCGAUAUAGCUUGUAAUCCGAUUACCUCCCUUCACGCUCUGAAGUCUGGAGAUGGUGGAAAGGAGAAGCCACAAAAAACACGAAGUGUUGGUGCUAAGGUGCUAGCAAGUAGCUCUGAAGAGAAAACAGAUGCUAAAGGAUGUGUAUUCUGUGAGAAGUCAAAUCAUGGCUUACAGACAUGUCGAAAGUUCUUGAAAGAGACAACUGCAGAACGAGUCAAGUUUGUGAAAACAAACAAGCUCUGCUUUGGAUGUUUGAAAUCAGGACAUCAGUCCAAGAACUGUGAGAAGAGAAGCAUUUGUGAGACAUGCAAAGGGAAGCAUCCAACAUGUCUACAUGAAAAUCGUCCAAGGGAAGACGAUAGGAAAGAACAAGAGGAUGGCGAAAGAAAGGAGAGUGGGAGACGCUUUAAAAUGAAACUUCCCAGCGGAGACAUCAAGGUGGGAGAGAUGUUAGCAGAAGACACUGAAGUUCGAAAGGCCUUCGUGGGCAUGACCUUGACGACGGAAGACUCACUGCUAGAUCGCUUCCAGAAGUUCUCCAGCUGGAUGAUGUUAGUCAAAGCCAUCGCUAGACUCAAACGACGUGUCAAAGAGCUCAAGGGUCUGACAGAAAGAAUCAAUGAAGCCACGAGUCUCGAAGAAAGAAAAGAAGCAGAAAUCACGAUCAUAGGCAUGUGUGUGGAGAAGGAGUUGAACAAAUGCCCGUUUUGA